AUGCGUGUCAAGCGGAAGCUUUGUUGCAUUUUUAAUGACCGCGAUCAGAAGAUCCUGGUGACAAGAGGUUACAUUCUAGAAUUGCAGCAAAAGAUUGCGCGCAUAGAGCAGAACCAGAAGGGCCAAGCGAGCCCUUACAGUUCGAAUUUCGAAACUCAACCCAUCGAUCCCAAAGAUCACGAUUAUGUACCUUCUUUGGAGAGAACUAGGACCCCAGAGGAGCAUGAUGAACCUCAGGACCUGGAGGAACAAGACUCUGGGCUAGCCAACCCAUUAUCAUCUGGUCCUCCAGCUUUUAUGUCUGCAGCAAACGGCCGCACGUUCUAUCUUGGAACAUCAUCCAACUGGUCUUUCACUCGGCGAGUUCUCAGCUUGGCACAUCAGCACCUCUAUCAGGAUGCACUACCAACGGAAACUUUGCUAUUUGAUGAAACGACCUAUGAACUGGGAUGGGAUGGGCUGCGAACAACCCCGGGCCUAGAUGUUCCAGUUGUCCCGACUCGCGACCAUACCAUGUAUCUGAUCAAUGCCGUGAAAUUCCGGUGUGGGCAGUUGUAUCACCUUUUCGAAGAAGAUCAAUUCAUGGGCUCUUUGCAGCAGUUUUAUUCGGGAGAUGGGCAGUCCAUGACAAAUAGCUUGUGGUACAUCCAUUUUCUCCUCAUCCUAGCUUUUGGGAAAGGAUUCGUCCAGCCCAAGGCUCAAGGCAGAAAGCCACCAGGGGUGCACUAUUUCGUCAAAGCUUUACAGCUUCUGCCCGAUCCAACUGCUCUAUAUCGGGAUCCUAUGCUAGGAACGGAAAUCCUAUGUUGCAUCGCCUUAUACUACCAGUGUGUUGACUUUCGCACAUCGGCACAUAACUAUAUUGGCCAAGCAAUGCGGAUAGCUAUGGCACAAGGAAUGCACACUAAUAUGCCAGUCGAAGAUUUAGGGCAUGACAUGGUCCAAAGAUCCGGCAAAAUCUGGUGGACUAUUUACAUUCUAGACCGAGAAAUGACAUCGUUAAUGGGUCUACCUCAGUCUAUCAACGACCGAUAUGUGCAAACCAAGCUCCCCACCUUUGCAGACCCGUCCGAAACAAUGUCAUUAGGCAUGCACAUCAAGUUGUCUCAGAUCAUCGCCGAGGUGAAUGGCACGAUAUAUGUUGCCAAUGGGCGUAUCAAUCGGGCUUUUCUACUUAGCACCAAAGCAGCAUUGGCCAAAAUUGCAGGGCUUGCCGAUGAGCUUCGCGAGUCAUUUCCGCUACACUUGGACCCAGCCAGUGGCGUUUCUCGAACAUCAGCGUACUUACACCUUCAAUAUCACCAGGUCCGUGUCUUAUUCCUUGUCAACUUCACUAAUUUCUCACACGAUAUUCAGUGUAUCAUCCUGGCCACACGACCUCUCCUAUUCUGCUUUCUCAAAAUCCGCUUCGAGUCCCCAGAAAGCUGUUUAGAAUCCCUCAAUGCAUCUCGAAAUGUCCAAAACCUGAUGCAAAUGUGUCUUGAAUCGGCGCAGCACAUCAUCGGCAUUCUCUCUAAUCUACACAGUCAAGGCCUCUUAGAAACAUUCCUCCCCUUUGAUCUAGAAUCAGUUUUUGUAUCCACAAUCAUCCUUCUGAUGGGCCCAGUAAUCGACCCGCACUUACUAGAAAGUCAUCCCAACUGGCUUGAGAAAGCCUACGCAAUUUUCGACGAAAUGAUCAGAGACGGAAACCAAGUUGCUGCCUUUCGACGAUCCGAGCUCCAGCAGCUACACGAGACAUUAUUAGGAUGUAUCUCCGGUGAUCAGCCUCGACACCUAGCGGUUCCUGAUUUCUUCCAGCAGGCUGAUACUCUUCCUGGUCCAGCUUCCCCUUCUACAACACCGAUCCCUGGGACUAUACCUCAGUCUGUUCGAUAUGAUGAUACUCUUCUCCGACCAGAUCCUGAUUUGGAUGUGGAGUGUGAUUUUAGUACGAUUUUGACUUCGGCUGAGAUUAUGGCUGUUGCGGAUUCGAUUGAAAGCUACGAUACCGAGUGGGUGUCGAAUGCGAUGGUAGAACAUAGUAUAUGGUAG